GCUGCGUUUACCGUCGACUAGUAGGAAGCCCUCUGCCCACUGGGACUCAUGGCUUCCGCCAAAAUGUCGAAAGCAGAAAACGAAAGCGGCAAUGGACAAAGCUCAAAAACAGCGACUAAAGCAAGUAAACCUCGAAAAGAGGGCUUGAAGAAGAAGAAUAAACUCGGCAAUAGCAAGGCGAAGGAUAAUAAAGCAUCAAUCUUUCCGUCUCCUACCACCGAGUUCUUAGAAGGAGGUAAAGGUCCUGGAAUUGACAACAAUGGCACCACAAAUGGGCGGGACGGCGGAACGAGACCCAAGAAAGGUAAACGAAAGCAACAAGAUGACGAUUAUAAAGUUGAAGAUAAAGAAAACGCAAAAACGAAUGGGCUUCCAAUGAGUCGUAUCAAGAGAAUCAUGAAGGCAGAAGAUCCCGAGUUACGUGUUUCUGAGGAAGCCAUCUUUGUCAUCGGCAAAGCUACGGUGAAGUUCAUUGAAGAAUUUACGCGGGAAGCUCAUGCUGGUUCAGUUCAGGGUCGAAAGAAAUUUCUUGGUUACCAGCACCUGUCUGAUGUUGUAAGUAAGCAGAGGAGAUACGACUUUCUUUCAGAUUAUGUUCCUGAGAAACUAAAAGCUGAAGAUGCAUUAAAAAAGAAUGCAAGCGCCAAUCGGGAAGAACUGAAAAUGUAAAAUAAUGCAUGCCAAUCGAGGAUCUAAUUAUAUAAUGAACCUAAUCUUGUAUGCCAUGCUUGUGAAAUGUGGACGUUGAUGCUUGACGGGGAGGAAACACGCCAGUUGAUUAUUGCUCCUUGAAAGUCCAAUGUGGUGAGGUGCAUUUUUUCAGUGACUAAGGAUACUUAUGAAUGACUUAAAGCUUGUUUAGUUAAAGUGGAAGCUGCCAUCCGUGACAGAUCUAAAACCCAUUAAAACUAUAUAUGGGUUUGGUCACUUGGUGACAACAUACAUUGUUGAAUCAAAUGUACUCCAAUAGUUGCUGUGUCAUGUUGUACUAGAUGACUGUUCAGUAUGCAUUACUGGUUUUAUUUAUGAUGCCUGCUCUUUACGUCGACAUUUCACAAGCUAUUUUUAACCUCGUAAUGCUGCCCGAAAGAUAUUGAUACUUUUAUGUGAGUUGCAGGUGAUUGAUUUUGAAACAAUGCUUUAGUUGUC